AUGGCUGUGUCUGAUACUGGGAAUUCAUCGUCAAAUACCUGUGAGACUGUGGCCAAAUUCGGAAGCAACACAACCCAUAUCUUUUUGUAUGACAAGUACAACGGCAUCCCAGAUACACUGAUCAUUAACGUUGUAGCAUUUGUGUGUCUCUUGCUGCUGUUCACCAUACUAAGAAAAAUAGCCUGGGACUAUGGAAGACUGGCUUUGGUAAACCGGACUGAAGAGAAUUUACCAUUUCAGGAUGGCAAGUCCAGAUAUAAUGUAUGGACCUCUUUGUUCUUUGGAGACAGAGAUGGGAGACUGCUGCAGGGCUCCGAGGAAUCCUUGGACACCGCUGUCACAUCACAGGAUAAGGGAUUGUUCAGAUGGAUAGUGGCUUUCUGGAAACUGAGAGAUGUGGACAUUCUCAACAAGUGUGGCCGAGAUGCUAUGCAGUACCUGUCCUUUCAGCGUUACUUGAUGAUCUACGUGGCCAUUGUGACAGUGUUGUCCGUGGGUGUUGUCUUGCCCAUCAAUUUCCAGGGAGAUUUAUUGGGGACAGCUGUUGACUUUGGGCACACAACCAUUGGAAACCUGAGGCAGGACAAUCCACUACUUUGGGUGCACGCUGUCAUGUCUGUUUUGUACCUGGUCAUUGUUAUUGCUGUCCUGAGCCACUUCCGCCUCAAUCUGGACGUGGAAGAGGAUGAACAGGUGAGCCGGACACUGAUGAUUUCAAACAUUCCCAAGAAUAAGUGCUUCCACAGCCCAAUACUACAACACUUUCAAGAAGCCUACCCAGAAGCCACGGUGACAGACAUUCAGUUUGCCUAUGAUAUUGCUGAUUUGGUAUUUCUAGACAAACGAAGGAAGCGAGCUGCUGAAGCGAGGAUGUACUGUGAGAUGGAGCACAGAAAAACUGGUCAGCGGCCAAUGAUGAGGCCAGUGGUGUGUGGGCAAAUCUGCUGUUGCUGUGCCGAGGUGGAUGCCAUCAACUUUUACCAAGAGGAAGAGGCCAGGCUCAAGAAAGCUUGUGAAGAAGAGAAACUGUCAGCCUACCAGACACCGCUGGGCAUUGCUUUCAUCACUUUAGCCUCUGAGGGACAAGCACAAAGGAUCCGAACUGACUUCCGUGCCAACUGUAAGGGAACACACAAUCCACAGAUGUCCAGCCUCUACCAGGAGCUUCAGGUGCAGAACUGGAUGAUGCAUUUUGCCCCAUCUCCGGAGAACAUCUACUGGGAGAAUCUGUCAGUUCCAGACUGGCGAUGGUGGACAACGGCUAUCUGCAUCAACGGUAUCCUGAUUGUCAUCUUGUUUUUCCUGACCACACCCAUCAUGUUCCUACAUCUCUUGGACAUGCUCAACAUUGAUAUCAAGAAGCCGGUGGAGAAUCUGCAUAGCGCCUACCUGGUCCAGUUCUUGCCUACCCUACUGCUAUGGAUCUUCUCAGCCUUGUUGCCUAACCUUGUCUACUGGUCCGACCAGUUGAUUGGGCACUGGACCAGAACAGCAGAGCAUCAUUCAGUUAUGAGGAAAACUUUCAUCUUUCUACUUCUGAUGGUUCUCAUUCUUCCUUCUUUGGGAUUCACUAGUGCCCAAGGAUUGUUUGAGUGGAUAGUGAAGGACAAAGAGCACAAGCUGAGAUGGGAGUGUAUCUUCCUGCCAAGCAAUGGCUCCUUCUUUGUCAACUACAUUAUCACUGCUGCUUUCAUUGGAACCACACUGGAGCUUCUCCGAUUCUCUGAGCUCUUCAUGUACGGGCUGAAGCUUCUGCUGGCCAGGUCUCAAGCUGAAAGGGCCGCCGUGAGAAAAGCCGUUCUCUGGGGAUUCCCCUAUGGCACGCAGUACGCCUGGAUGCUGUGUAUGACGGCCAUCAUUGUUAGCUACAGCAUUCCCUGUCCACUGAUCACACCCUUUGGACUCCUAUACUUAUUUUUCAAGCAUGUGACAGAUCGCUACAAUAUCUUCUUUGCGUACAGCCCCUCGCGAAUAGACAAGCACCUCCAUGGGUCAGCGGUGACUUUUGUCUUGUGGGCUGUCAUCUUGCUGCAGUUCAACGUUGUCUUCUUUACAGGACUGAGAUCAGAGGGCUUUGACCCAGUGUUCAUCUUCUCCUCUGUGGCCUUGUUCAUCACUCUGCUGAUCUUUGUGGGGAGGAUCAGCUUCGGCUGGUUCAAGCACAUACGUCCUCCAAGAUACAGGAAUAUCAAUGAAAGAGAGAACGGAGAGCCUACAAAUGAUGAGUCUCCUGAGAUGACCAUUUCCAAGCCAUUUGUAGCAAGCGUGCUCACUCAGGAUCUCUCUGAAGACCAGGAAGUCAAUGGGCCAGGUUGGCAGCCUGGGUAUGGGUCAACAGACGGCGGUGAAACAAACCCAGCGGAAGAGGUCCUGCCAUCAGCCCAGAUGACUUAA